AUGUCAAGUUGCAGCAAGAGAAGCUUAGUACUAUUGGAGAAGUGCAAGAACAUGAAGCAACUCAAGCAAGCACAUGCACAAGUAUUCACCUCUGGCCUUGAUAACAAUACCUUUGCUCUGAGCAGGGUUUUGGCUUUCUGUUCACACCCUCAUCAGGGAAGCCUCAUCUAUGCAUGCAGAGUCUUUGAACGCAUUCAGCAACCCACAGUUUGCAUAUGCAACACCAUCAUCAAAGCUUUCUUGCUACAUGGUAAGCUCAACAGCACCAUCCAUGUGUUCAUCAACAUGUUGCACAGUGGCUUGAGCCCUGAUAACUACACCAUCCCUUAUGUGUUGAAGGCUUGUGCAGCGCUUUCAAGUUUUUCUUUGGGGAAAAUGAUUCAUGGGUAUUGUUCAAAAUUGGGUCUUGUGUUUGAUAUCUUCGUGGGUAAUAGCUUGAUGGCCAUGUACUCUGUGUCUGGUGAUAUGGUUGCUGCAAGACACGUGUUUGAUGAAAUUCCUAGCCUAAGUGCAGUGUCUUGGACUGUGAUGAUCUCGGGAUAUGCAAAGAUGGGUGAUGUUGAUUCAGCUAGAUUUUUCUUUGAUGAAGCACCUGAGAAAGAUAGGGGAAUAUGGGGUGCCAUGAUUUCUGGGUAUGUGCAAAAUAAUUGCUUCAAGGAAGGUCUUUAUUUGUUUCGUUUGAUGCAGUUGACUGAUACUGUGCCAGAUGAGUCUAUAUUUGUAAGCAUUCUUUCAGCUUGUGCUCAUCUGGGGGCUUUGGAUAUUGGCAUUUGGAUCCAUAGAUAUUUGAGUCGACAAAGGCUACCAUUGAGCAUUCGUUUGAGUACUAGUUUAUUAGACAUGUAUGCUAAAUGUGGGAACUUGGACUUGGCUAAAAGAUUAUUCGAUUCGAUGCCAGAGAGAGACAUUGUAUGUUGGAAUGCUAUGAUUUCUGGUAUGGCAAUACAUGGAGAUGGAAUAAGUGCACUCGAGCUGUUUUCAGAUAUGGAAAAGAUUGGGAUAAAGCCUGAUGAUAUAACAUUCGUAUCUCUUUUUAGUGCUUGUAGUUAUUCAGGAAUGGCAUAUGAAGGUUUGCAGUUGUUAGAUAAAAUGUGUAAUGUGUACAAAAUUGAGCCUAAGAGUGAACAUUAUGGUUGUCUAGUUGACUUACUAAGCCGAGCUGGGCUCUUUGAAGAAGCUAUGGUUUUGAUGAGAAGAAUAAACAAUACAUGGAAUGGCUCUGAAGAGACAUUGGCUUGGAGAGCAUUUCUGAGUGCAUGCUGCAAUCAUGGACAAGGUCAACUGGCUGAACUUGCAGCUGAAAGACUCUUACGGUUAGAGAAUCACAGUGGGGUCUAUGUUUUACUCUCUAAUUUGUAUGCAGCUUCUGGGAAACAUACUGAUGUUAGAAGGGUGAGGGAUAUGAUGAAAAACAAAGGGGCAGACAAGGCACCAGGUUGCAGCUCAGUUGAGAUUGAUGGGGUUGUCACUGAGUUCAUUGCUGGUGAAAAAACGCAUCCACAAAUGGCAGAAAUAAACUCAGUUUUGGAGAAGAUGCAUAUGCAGUUAGACUAGAAUAAUUAGAUAACUCAGGGUUCAACCAGCUUCUCUUAGCUAGUGGAAUAAUUGCAACAAUCAUUCUAGCGGUCCAUCAACCAUGUCGUUUGUCACAGAAUGAACAUCCAAAACAUCGUUUAACACAGGGAACCAGACACACGGAAUUUGAAACUACAAAAUGAGAUACUCCCAAGGCCAAAACGCUGAAAUAAAAAAUCAAUUUGUAGCAUUUAA